AUGUUCUGGCGUUUUGGCGGAUACUCCAAUGUAUCCACGAUAGACACCCUGCUAGACAAGCAGAGUACGACACUUGAGGAUUUGCUCGAGGAACAAGAUCUUGUCCAAGAACUGAAAUCCCACCAUACCAAGUUGAUCGAGUUUUUACGCGACGACGACCGUUUACACGCCCUCCUGAGAUAUGUGACUGCCCCGGGCCCAGAGAUCACAGAAAGAGGAGGCGACGAGGAUCCGGACAAUGAGGGAGAGUCGAAUGUCACGGAAGAGCAGGAAAGGGCCGAGAAGAAGCGCCUAAAAUAUGCCUACGUUGCGUGCGAAAUCCUGUCUUGCGAGACAUGGUCCAUCACUGAAGCUGUCAUGUCCAACGUCGAUUUUUUGAAGGAGUUCUGGGAUUUCCUACGUCGUCCCACCCCUCUUGACGCUCUGCAAGCCGGCUAUUUCACAAAGGUCAAUGAGACACUGCUGGAAAAGAAGACUGAGGACAUGCUGAGUUUCUUCAAAUCUUUGCCCAACAUAGUCCCUACUAUCUUGCAGCACGUCGAUUGUCCUAUGGUCAUGGAUUUGCUAUUGAAGAUCAUAUCCCUCGAAAAAGCUGAGGGUGGGGCCGGUAUCGUGGAAUGGCUGCACGAUCAAGAUCUGAUUCCUGCUCUGCUAUCGAGUCUCUCCCCUGAUUUCUCCGAAGAUUGCAUACAAACACUGAUCAAGCACAUGCUACGUGGAGGCAACCCGUUGACUGUCGGUGUCGGUAUCGUCAUCGAAGUCAUCAGAAAGAACAAUUCAGAUUAUGAUCCUGAGAAUGGUCUCAAUCCAGAUGCUCCACCAUCCACCCACGAUCCCAUCUUUCUAGGUACACUUCUACGCCAGUUCGCACGACACGUACCCAACUUUAUGAACCUCAUCCUUAGUGCAAGGCAUACUGUUACUGAUGGCGAGAAGACAAAGUCGGUCGAUCGUGGCAUGCUCAAAUCAGCUUGGGGUCAGGAAAUCGAACCCCUGGGCUUUGACCGUUUCAAAACGUGUGAGCUGAUGGCCGAGUUACUGCAUUGUAGCAACAUGGGACUUCUCAACGACACCGAAAGUGAGGAAUUUGUAAAGGCUCGCGACGCCGAAAGAGAGCGUCUACGAGUCGCUGGCCGAUAUUCUGCUCAGAAACAUUCGGAUGACUCGACCAUCGACGUGUCUCUAGCCUCGUCCAAACUCGAUUCCUCAUUUGCACCAUCGACCGGUACAUCUGGGGAAGAGCUUCGUGCGAGCGAAGAGGAUGGAUUCGAGAAGGUGACUGUCUUCGACGAGGACAAGAAAUCAUCGAGCCACUCAAAUUCUGAUGAGUUUGUGGAAGAGCCUUUGACACCAACCAAACCUACGUUACAAGCUCAGUCGCCCGCGCGUGGCAUUGAUGAGGGCGUGCACAGGCUGAGUCUCGAGGACAUUGAGAUGGCCACGAGCUUACCAGAAGUCUCAUUCUCCAAAGGCAAUGCUUCACCACAUCCAGAAGACAAACCAGCACCACUGUUCUCGAAACGUUCUGAUGCCGACAAGACACCUACAAUCGCUAGCCCCGAGCUUCCCAGCAGUCCCCGCAAUGUCAACGAUGUUUCAAUGACCGACGCGGCCGAAACUCCUGCCAAAGACACCUCUGCCAAGCUUGCGUCUGGCACAGAGGCCACGCAAUCGCCAGUCAUAGGCGAUUUCUUGAAAACGCAGUUCGUGGAACACAAUGUCGUACCUACGAUAUUGAACUUCUUCUUCAGAUUCCCGUGGAACAAUUUCCUACACAACGUUGUCUAUGAUGUUGUGCAACAAGUCUUCAAUGGUCCCAUGGAUCGAGGCUAUAACAGAUUCCUUGCAUUCGAUCUUUUCGAAAAUGGUAAGGUCACCGAGCAAAUCAUAGAUGGCCAGCGGCGAAGUGAAGAAGCCGAGCGAACGAAGAGUAUGCGUCUGGGCUACAUGGGGCAUCUGACUCUAGUAGCAGAAGAGGUGGUCAAAUUUGGUGAGCGACACUCGAGAGAAACACUUUCGGAAGCUGUGCAAGGUUACAUUUAUGGGAGGUCAUGGGAACAAUACGUGAAUAAGACUUUAGCCGAAACACGAGAUCGAGAUAACGCCAUUCUUGGGGGGUUUAGACCUGAAAAUGGGUUGGGACCUAGGCAAGCUGUGCUCAACGCUGUCAACGCCAGCAGCGGGUUUACUGGCUCCAAUGCUCUUGCCCAGGCUGGUCUGACGGGUGGUCAACAAGGUCUGGACAGUGUAGACUUGUCGAAUAAUGGUAGUGCCACAUCCUCGAGCUACAAUGCAACCGGCAGCUCUCUUCUAAGCGGCUUUGGAAGCUCAUCUGACGACGACGACGAUGAUAUGGAUGACGACGUUGACGAAAGCCAGGCUCGGGCCGCACUGCAGCUAUCUGCAGCAGAUACCGGUGCAAAUGCGGAGUCAGACCAGCCCAUGCCGCUGAUACCACCUCCACCAGCACCGUUGAAUAUUGAGCCUUCACGAGCCAGGAAACGACUUGCAGAUCGGUUAGCUUUACACAAAGCGCAACAGGAGCAGGAGGUACAGGAAGCUGCGGCGACGGAGUUUGGCAUGGAGGACGAUCCAUUCGCAGCACUGGGCGAUAACGACGACAACGAUAAUGACGAUCCGUUUUCUUUAGACGAGGAAGAGCAAGAUAUAACCCAGUCCGGUAGAAGGAACGCGUCCCAGGGACAGACGUCGCGCAGUUCUAUACAUAAUCCAACAAGCCGUAGCAUCAACAGCUUGUUUGGUAGUGACGGAAACUCGAACAAACCAUACUUACAUGGAUCUCUCGAAGAUGAAUCGUCCAGCGAUUCUGCAUCUAGUGACGAAGCCGAAAAUACUGCUGUUGAAGCGAGAACGAGUCUCGAGCGACGACCACUUGACAUCGACGAUGAUGAAGAUGAAGAGAUGGGAGAAAUGGUUGCUCCCAGUGAUGAGGCUAACAGCAGCGACGAAGAAGCCUUGACAGCGCAGGAAAGACACAGCCUAGGAUUGGACCGGGGGCGGGACGAAGAGGAUUCCGUGUCCGAGUUUGACGGACAAGCGGACGAAGAUCAAGAAGAUGAUGUUGUUGAGAUACCAAUGCCAAAGGAGAAACGACCACGAGGAUCGCUUGGGUAA